AGCGUUUGUUUCAGUUCCUAGUGGGACUGAAUGAGACUUAUUCGGCCUUGCGUAGCCAGAUCUUGAUUAUGCAGCCACUUUCAACUGUCAAUCAGGCGUAUUCCCUUAUUGUUCAGGAAGAAUCUCAGAGGCUUUUCUUGUCCGGUGCUUCUGGGCUCACACCUGUUUUGGAUUCGACUGCUCUGUAUUCUUCCUCAUCUUCUCGCCAUGGUAGGUUUAAUGGCGUCUGUGACUAUUGUAAUGUUCGGGGCUAUAAACGUGAGCAGUGCUAUCGUUUAAUUGGUUACCCUGCUGACUUCAAAUUCACAAAACGUAUGGUGUUUCGAAGUUGUCCUGCUUCUGUUUCUGUCCCUUGGAUCCUUGAUACUGGUGUAACGGACCAUGUGCUCUCCGGUCUCCAAUGUUUGCAAAAUCCUAUUUCAUGUGCUUUUGAGUCUCGAUUUGUCCACUUGCCCAAUGGAUCUCUCAAGUGGCAUGAUGAAGGGGAUUGGUAGGAAGACAAGGGGUCUUUAUUUUUUUACAGUCAUCUUGUUCUGCUUCUGGUUUGUCUACUAUUUCUGUUGAUAGUCCUAAGUCUGAUA